AUGAUUGGUGAUUCGAUAACCGAAGACGACGACGCCGCCGCCGCCGUCCUCAAAAUUGUGGUCCAACAUUUAGAAGAAAUUUACAAAGAACAAAGUAAAGCAAUCACGUCAAUGAUUGAAACAAUGAAGGAUAUGAUUACAAAAGUAAAUACAACAAUAGAAAUUUUCAAUAAGCAAAAAUCCACAGUUACAUCACCCCAACGAGCCGUGGCUAUUGUUCACCCUACUUCUGGUGGUGCUGGCAUUAAUCGUGCCCGUGGUCAUGCACUCUCAAUAUACAGAUAUAUAUCGCAUGCAUAA